CCUCAACCUACUCUUGUCUUCGACUCUAUGGCUUGUCGGAGCCAAGCAGACUAAUCUCGAUGGGUCUCUCAGACGGAUUCGCAAACCCGGUCGCGAAUCGGGAAUUCCGCGCCCUCAAUGAAAUCAGAGAAAUCGCGCAGGAACUAGCAGGCGAUACGCCUUUCUCCCCAGGGAGAACGCGUCAGUCUGCGCUGGAAGAGAUCUCUAACAUACUCAGCAACAAAAAUCAGCCUCCCUUCGCUGCGCUCCUUUCUGAGCCGCCUCCGGGGAAGCUCGAGUACGGAAGCGAUGUCGUCGGGCUCGUCGUAAUGUCCUUCAGCGUCUUUGCCAUCCUGCACAUGGCAUCCGAGGACCCACGAAAUAGCGUCAUGGAACCAUCUGUCCGCGCCCUCUGGCCCCACACCAUCAAAUGGGCGGCGGCCCUCCAUCCAGCGCGCGGACGUCUCACCUUCGCCUCGGACGCUGAACGCGAUAGAGGGCGCACCGUCGUCGUCAGCUCCGUCGUGCAGGUGUACCUGAACCUUUCGGACGCGGAACCGAAGCACAUCAAGCCCUUUCUGCACGCCAACCCGGAUGGACUUGCGCAGGCGUUUGAGCUCUGGCUCCGCUUCCACGACCACAUCUCGCCAUCCGAUAAAUCCGCCUCUCAAUGGGCCCACUCCCUGACGCUGGCAGUCGGGAAGUUCUACGAGCUGCUCAUCGAUAGUGAUGACAAGCAGGCAGCCCCGGACGAUCGCGCCCUCUUCGUCGACGAACUCAGGCUCGCGAUAGACGGCGACCCGAAGGUGCUGCAGCGGACUAUCCACCUGCAAACCAAGUUCCUGCGUGGCAUCACCAUAUCGAAGGCCCUCCGCGCGAAAGUAUGGAAGGAGCACUUUCGCCUGCUCCUCCGCCUGGUCUGCCUCACCGAGCUCUGGCCGAAGAAGAUAUUCCGCAAGGCCAUCACCGCCGUCGUCUCUGCGGGCCUGUACUGCAUGAGGGAAGACAUGCAGGACAGCGCCUACAGCGCCGUCCGCCUCGUCGCGGGCCUCUGCUGUCUCACGGGCAGCAAUCGCCCGCUCGUGCAGUCCGUCAGCGAGGGCGUCUUCGACAUCGUGCAGAAGUUGGAGGAGUCGCCAGAUUCUAGAGAGUACGAUCUCUCCGACUUCGUGCGCCACAUAUGCGCGGGGUUCUGUCAGCCGAGGCUCAUACGCACAUUCCGGCGGCUCUACCCCUAUCCGCCCAGCACCGCCGGUCGACCUCCACGACCAAAACCGACAUGGGUCGAUGUGUUUGAGGUGUAUGACAAGUAUAAUGACCUCUAUACGAUAAGCAAGAAUCAGAGGGGCUGGCGGCGAGCGAUGCAGUGCACGAAUACUAUAGUAAGCUGACGGAAGUCUCUAAGUAGUUUCUGUAUUCUGACAUAUGGACUAGGGCCCACACGACCAAAUGGUGCGUAUCUGCGCCUGCGGAAUGGCAUACUACUGCUCCGGCAGCUGCCAGCGCAUGCAUUGGCAUGAGCA